AAGCACUCACUGUAAGUGUCACAAUCGUUCUAGGCAAGUUAGUGAUUUCAAAAAAUCUUUUUCACAAAAGAAUAUAGUAUAUAAAUCUUGUGCAAUAAAGAAUCUUCAGUAACCAGUCAGUGCACAUAUAACGCCUCACUCCAAUCUUGUUUCUCCGCCAAGAAAAAAUUAUUUAUAGUCAUCAAUAUUCAACAUAAUGGAAUGUAAUACAAUUACUUCCAUUAUCAAAGAAAAUAAGAAGGAAGCUCUUGACGAUAUGAACAUGGCAGGAGUGAACAAGAAUGAUGACAGUUAUAAAAAAUCCGAAAUGAAAAGAUCAGGUGUUUUCAAUUUUGAAACUGAUGUAAUAUGGCCUAUAGCUCUGCUAUUCUUUUUAUACCACACUAUUGGCAUUUAUGGUUUAUUGACUUUCAACUACACGGAAAAUUGGAAGACUACAUUAUGGAUACCUGGGAUGUACCUCAUAUCUAAUAUCGGAGUAUCUGGUGGCGCUCAUCGACUUUGGAGUCACAAGUGCUACAAAGCAAAAUUACCAUUAAGAAUCCUAUUUCUGAUAUGCUUUAAUGCAGUUGGACAGAAUUCGGUAUACAAUUGGGUAAAAAAUCAUCGUAUGCAUCACAAGUAUUGUGACACUAAUGGCGAUCCCCACAACACUCAGCGCGGUUUCUUUUAUACGCAUAUGGGAUGGGUAAUGAUGAAAGAGCAUCCGGAAUUUAUUAGAAAAAGCAAGCAGCUCGAUUUAUCAGAUGUUUUAUCAGAUCCUGUCGUGGCUUUUGGAGAAAGGUACUUCUUGCCUCUUCAACUUUUUUUCUGCGUUAUCCUACCUACGGCGAUACCUGUAUAUUUUUGGAACGAGACUUGGGGUAGGGCUCUCAUGUCGCAAGUAUUCAUACGAUACAUGAUUACAUCGCACUCCGUGUGGACUAUCAAUAGCAUUGCUCAUGCAUGGGGCACUAAACCAUACAACAAGUAC